UCUCUUCAUCGCUGUUGUGAAUUCAUAUACACCAUGAAAUUCUGAAUUGAUAGAAGGUUGCUUCUUUCCCCAAUGGCAUACAAUGGAUUUUCGACGCAAUCCGAUUGCGUCAUUUUUCAACUCAAACUAUUUAAAUGAUGUCGAUAAUCCCACAGGUUUCGUCAUGAUCACAGAGGAUGAUUUCAUACCAAAAUGCAUGAAACUCAGCGUAUUUUUCAUGAACUGCAUCUAUUGGUUCCUUGGACUCUUCGUCUUUGGAGUUGGAUUGCAUAUCCAUGUAUACCAAAUGCAGCUGCUGCAUGGUUUAGUCACAGUCGUGAUUAGUCCUGCAUUGAUAAUGAUGGGUCUGGGUCUCAUACUUUUCCUGAUUGCCGUUUUCGGAUGCGUUGGCACUUUGAGAGAAAAUGAUUGCUUACUGCGAUGGUAUCUGAUGGUUUUGACGUUUUUGUUGAUGGUCUAUGUAACAAUGGGUGCAGUAUCAUUCUUAAUUUUGUUCACCAGUCAUACCGUGCAUGAUAAUGCAGAAGGUCUUCUUCAAAAUGCGCUCAUGAAUUACGAAGAGGAUCAACAUUCAGCUGAUUAUAUCGACUAUAUCCAGGCUACGUUACAGUGUUGCGGAAUAGGUCCCGCUGGUUACAAAGACUGGGGCAUGAAUCCGUAUUAUGCUUGCCAAAAUGAUAACAAAAACUCUGAAAGAUGUGGUGUUCCUGCUUCUUGCUGUAAAUUUAACACGAUUGACGAAGUUGAUGCAAUGUGCGGAUACGGAACCACCAACGAUUCGUUGAUGACCCAGUACCCUGCUUCAAGUGUUGUGAAUACGAUAGGAUGUAUUGCCAGAGUUGAGGAAAUGAUUCAAAAUGCUGCUGUUCUCGUAGGGUUCGUGGCUUUUGGUGUUGCCGUUCCAAUUUUAUGUGGUGUUUUGCUAUCAGCUCGCAGUGUUAUUGCUCUAGAAGAUAAAGUCGAAGAUUUUUGGAAGAAUAAUAGCCCCCCGAACAAAGUAAUUCAUCUCAUUCCCACCACUCACGUUUAUCAAAUUCCAGAUCCUAACAGCAAGGAUAAGAAAGGCUCAGCUGCUACUGAUCCCCCAAAACCGAACUAAGUUUUAAGUUAUUUAUAUUUGUUUCGUUUGUACCACUACAAAGGAAGAUAAUAAAGUUGUUGUUGAA